AUGGGGAACCACAAUUGUUUUUCAACAGAAAACCUUUAGGACACUUACAAAUUGUCAAUGGUAAUUUCCUAAAUUAUACUUAGAUGCAAUGGUAUGUUGGGGUAGAAAAAGAAGUUUAAAAAUUAGGAUUUUAUGUAAAUGUGAGAUCUGAUCAUCUUCAUAAACAAAACUUUAUUCAAUUAUAUUAAAUAGUUAAACCAUAAUAUGAAGAAAUAGUUACUUUGAGUACAACAGAAUCUCUUUUUGCAACUGAGUUUGAAAAUAUAAAAAGAUCGAAGAAAACUAUGGAUCCCUUUAAAGAAUUUCAUGUUACGACUUUAAUAUAAGACAAUGACUCUUCUUUAUAAUAGUUUGAAAAACAAGUACUUUAAUAACUAUCAACAUUAAAUGGUUGUUUAUUAGAAAUUUUUCAAUAUUUUAGACAAACUUAACUGCCUAAUUGCAGUAAUUAAUUGGAUACAUUUAUUCUUAAAUUUCGAGAUUCAUUUGUUUAAGUACAUAAUUAUAAAUAUUUAAUUUAGAUCUUAAUUCAUUAUUAUGAUUUGAAUUUAUUUGCUUCAAUAAACAAAUGUAAUUUCUUGAACACAUCCUCUCUUUAAUGUUUAGUAUCUAAUAUGAUAUUUAAUGAUCAAGUUGCAUCUCAUAUUUAUUAAAUAAAAAAGUAAGAAUAGAAAGAAGAAAAUUAAAAAAUACAUAAUAAAUUAUCAUUAUUCAAAGAUAAAACAUUAGCUGAUUUUGGAAUUUCUAUUAAAUAUUGUCUAGAUUGCACUACAAGAGAGUAUAUAUAAAGUAAAUUAUUAUCUAAAGUUAAUACAUGUACUCAAAGUUCUUAGAUUAUUAUAAAAGAUACUUUUGAGACAUUAAUAAUAGAAGAUGUUGAUUCUAUUUAAUUACCAUCUAGACCUUAAGUUAAAUUACUAUAAGGAACAUUUUUUCAAUAAUCUCCAUUUUAAUAUGCUAUUGAAGCUUUAAAAUUAAUUUAAUUUCGAUAAACACCUCAUCAUAAAGUUAAAUAAUUAAUCACUUGUUUUAGAUUUAUAUACUUUGCCAUUAUAGAUUAUUAUAAUUAUUAUACAAAAUAACCUUCAAUAAUAAGUACUGAUGAAAUGAUACCAAUAUUUCAUUAUGUACUUUGUAAAUCUUCACUUUAAAAUCCUUAUACACAUUUUGAGAUUAUGUAAAAAUACUUAGGAAAUUUAGAUGGAGUUGAAGGAUUUUAUUUAGCUAUAAUGGAAUCAUCAUUUAACAUAGCUUGA